AGGAGAUAAGCCAUGAUUCGGGGUCAGGGUCUUGGACGGGGAGGGAAGCGCCCUGUCUGUUCUUGCACUCAUAGCCUAUCACCUGAAGCCUCAGUCUUCAAAUACAGAUUAUUUUCCCGCCUUUGCCAGUGCAUCAUCACCUCCAGUCUCCUACUCAAUGCCACCCUUUUUUCUGUCAUGAGAGUCACAACCGAAAUCGACACGGACGGCCAGGUCAAGCAACCAUUACCACAAGCACCCCAUGAUAUCCAGGUGGCUUUUGGAAGCAAGCUCCGCAUUGUAACUUGGAAUAAGGGGGAUGACAUUGAAGGUGUUGAUCGGCCGCUGCUCGAGUCUAUCAGUCGCUCCGAGAUACAUCUUGGCGUAUUCUUUACUUCCAUGGCCCCGAAAUCCUUUGAAAUGGUUUUGAGGGUUGACAGCAUUUACACGUACUUCCGGAAGGUCUCACUGGAAGACUGUGACGAGCAUGAGAAGAAACUUGACGGCUACACUCUGAUUUUCGCUGCACGAUGUUCCGGUCGUCUUGGCUAUGCAUUCCCAUCCAAUGUUUGUCUUGAUGAGGUUUUAAGCUUUGUCUACGGUCUCAUCUGCGUCCGUCGAGGCAAUGCCACGAAUGGUGCUGCCAGAUGCCUGAAUUUGGCAUCAAGGCUCAAGUCAGACGCUGCAGACUGGCUGCAACACAAGCCUGGAGGCGCAGCCAUCCAAUUCAUCAUCAAGUGCUACAGGGCUUCGGGGUGCCGGGCUUUGGAGAACGAAAUGAAAAUGGAGAACCCAAAAAGGUUACUGUUCAAUAUUUACAUCAUGUGUAAUGAGAAAAGGGCGGCACCUGGUCAAUAUAUCCAACCCAAGACUCCACCAUCCUUGAAAGGCAGAUGCAGAAUUGAAGAGACGCACGAUCUGAAGCGAUCCGGUACUGAAACUCCUGUCAAACAAAAGGAGGAUUAUACAGCGGAUGAUUCGACUUUGCACAAAUGUGAACACAUCAGAGCCGCUACGUGUCGGAACCUGACCUCCAUUGCGUUGGCCUACUGGAGAAAGGUGGAAGGUUCCCCCGGUUAUAAGAUCGUUCAACACAAUACUGCGUUACGAGCCUGUCACCUUUUAUUUCGUGCAAAGGAAUAUAAGGCUAGUCAUGACAAGACGCUGCCUGAGCCAUGUAUCGAAUGCAUUUCGGAGACCUUUAUGAGGAAGCAGCUCAAGGGCGGAUUGGAAUGGGCUAUUUCGGAAACCGAAUCACUUCUGUCGCUGCCUCUCUCGCCUCAGCUUGAAAUCUAUGAUCGGAUGAGUUACUGCGAAGGAAAACUAAAUAUUCAGCAGUUUGACCUUGGUGGGAAAUCUCUGUUUAAAUCUCCUAAGCAGAUCAUUGCCGCUUUGCAAUUUAAGCGCGAUUUCCAAUUGGAGGAGAAGGACUAUGGUGUUUCCCCCAAACGGCCUGCAGCAGGAUGGCCUCCUUGA